AUUUGGAUUUAUCCCGGAUCCCACAUCAGAAUUUACACAGUUGAAUCCAAAAUGAAGUCCGGUUACGUGGCACCCUCCAACUCAAAUAUAUCAAAGGCCCCGCGGGAGCAAAGUCCCAAAAUACGAGAGAGAGAGAAAUUAGGGCGAGGAGUUGUAAUUUGUAGAAAGAAGAAAAUGGCAGAGAGUGAGGUGAAAAGGGGAACGGUGAAAUGGUUUAGCCAUGAAAAGGGUUUUGGUUUUAUAACUCCUGAAGAUGGAAGCGAAGAUCUGUUUGUUCAUCAAUCAGCCAUCAAAUCUGAGGGUUUCCGCAGCCUCGGCGACGGUGAGGCGGUCGAGUACAUUGUCGAGUACGGCAGUGACGGCCGCGCCAAGGCCGCCAACGUCACUGGACCCGACGGCGCUUCUGUCCAGGGAAGCACCCGGGGAUCUUACGGCGGAAGAAGCGGCGGUUAUGGAGGAUACAAUGGGCCAGGAAGCACCCGGGGAUCUUACGGCGGAAGAAGCGGCGGUUAUGGAGGAUACAAUGGUGGAAGCAGAGGAGGCAGCCGCGGUUAUGGAGGCGGUGGAGGAGGAGGUAGUGGUUGUUUCAGGUGCGGGGACACUGGGCAUAUGGCUAGGGAGUGCCCAGAGGGAGGUGGUGGAAGAUAUGGAGGCGGAGGCGGAGGGGGAGGGGGUUGUUAUAAUUGCGGUGAGGCGGGGCAUUUUGCUCGUGACUGCCCCCGAGACAACCGCUGAGCUAACUGGGGAUGCUGUGUCCUUUCUCUAGUGUUUUGCGUCCGUUUUUGCUAUUUUAGGUUCUCUGAUGAGGUGAACCAUAUGUUAGUAUAAAUGAAACCAGUGUCUGCCCCUUUAUUAUUGUGUUUUGGUUAUAUGGUGGCCUUAUCAGAAUUAUCUGUGGUUAGGAUUUCAAUGUUAUGACGGUGGUUUGUAUCUUCUUCUGUUGAUCGAUACACGCAACGCAUAAGGAUA